AAAUCGUGUGGCACAGACAAAACAGAUACAAUAAUGAACAUCGCAUCACAAAACAGGUUGAACGAAUUUGUAUUCAAGCCAUGUUUUGGAUUAACCCAAUGAAGAUUUACACGUGUACCUUGUUGGUUUUUGUAAUAAAAAAGAUCAGUACACAAGCAAAGUGUAACAGCCAAACAGCUAAGGAAUUUGAAAACAACUGCUAUGAGCUAAUCAGCACACAACUGAAGUGGACUGAAGCACAGGAAUAUUGCUGGCUCCAUGGAAAAAGGAGCCUGGCUAAAGUUGGUUCACAGUUAGUGUUGGAAUUUCUCCAUUCUCUAAAGCCAAAUGGUAUUCGAGAUGUGUGGGUUGGUGCGAAUGAUAAAUUACAACAAGAUGAAUGGGUGUGGACAGAUGGGACAGUUGCUAAUCUAACAUCAAUGUGGAGUGAUAACGAACCCAACAACCACGAAGGAAAUGAACACUGUCUUGAAUCGAAUGGUCUUGGAAAGCUAAAUGAUUUCCUUUGUUCUGCAUCGCGCUCUUUCAUUUGCGUGGAAGCUCAUGGUAGGUGCAUCAGCCAAACAGCUAAGGAAUUUGAAAACAACUGCUAUGAGCUAAUAAAAACACCUCUGCCUUGGAGUAAAGCACAGGAACAUUGCUUGAGAUUCAAUGGAAAAAGGAGCCUGGCAAAAGUUGGUUCACAUUCAGUGUUGUCAUUUCUCAAUUCUUUAAAACCAAGUAAUACUCAAGAUGCGUGGCUUGGAGCAAAUGACAUGCUACAAGAAGGUAAUUGGGUGUGGACAGAUGGUACAAAGGCUGAACUAACAUCAAUGUGGAACAACAAAGAACCCAACAACCUCAAUGGAAAUGAACAUUGCCUUGAAUCGAAUGGUCUUGGAAAGCUAAAUGAUUCGCCUUGUUCUGAAAAGCACUCUUUCAUUUGCAUGGAAGUGCAUGAAACAACCAAGAUACCUGAAACGACUCGAUCAACAACUAAAAUGACCCCAUCAACAAUUACAACCACUCCAUCAACAAUUAAAACGACCCCAUCAACAACUAAAACAGCCCUAUCAACAAUUACAACGACCCUGUCAACAAUUACAUCAACACCAUCAACAACUAAAACGUCUCAAACAGCUAAAAAGACCUCAUCAACAACUAUAACGACCCCAUCAACAACUAAAAUUACAUCAUCAACAACUAAAAUCACAACCGCAACAACUAAAGCGACCCCAUCAACAACUCAAAUGACCCCAACAACAACUAAAAUGACACCAUCAACAAUUACAACGACACCACCAAUAACUAAAACGUCUCCAUCAACAACAAAAAACAACCCAUCAACUAUUACAACGACUCCAUCAACAACUUUAAUAUCGAACCCAUUAACAUCUAAAACGAUCCCAUCAACAACUAAAACGACUCCAUCAACAACAAAAACGACCCCGUCAACAAUUACAACGACCCCAUCAACCAUUACAUCAACACCAUCAACAACUAAAACGUCUUCAACAGCUAAAAUGACCCCAUCAACAACUAACACGACCAAUUCAACAACUAAAACGACCCCAUCAACAACAAAAACGACCCCGUCAACAAUUACAACGACUCCUUCAACAACUGCCACAUCGACACCAUCAGCAACUGAAGUCAUUAUAGAUGACGACGUGCCAAAAGCUGGAAGGUCUUCUAGCUACACACUUGCAGACUUGACAUCACCACAACCUAUCGUGCUAGAUACACGGGAAUCUAAUGUCAAAUUCAUACAACCUGCAUUGGUCGCAUUCACAGUCGGGUUAUCAAAACAGUUGGAUGUUCUAUUGCAUGAUGUCAUUGUUUAUAACAAAGUUGUAUCUAAUGUUGGAGACGACUAUAACAACAGUACUGGUGUUUUCAGAUGCAACAUAGCAGGUGUAUACUUCUUCCAAAUUCACGGCGCUGCUGGCGAAGGGAUAGAACUGAGUCUGUCUCUUGUUAAAAACAAAACAAGAGUUAUCUCCCUGUACAGCAGUACAAAUCAGGAGUUGUCCCUCGCUGCCAACUCCGCAGUGCUGCUGUUGGAGGCUGGUGAUGAGGUCUUUGUUGAAGCUUCCAACUGUGGUAGUCUGUACGGAGAGGAGCAUCACGUGAUCAACACUUUCUCUGGUUUCCUACUGGGCACUUCCAACGCCAACGCUUAAAACAUUGCUAGAAUUUUAUUUUUUUCAUUAUCUAAAUACUGAAUUAUUUGUAUUCGAAUGGAUGAACCAAUACACAUUUUGGUUGAAUAAUUAAAACCUGCA